CUGGAAUGGAAACUAAAAUGGCAUUAAAUUACAAAAGCAAAUCACAGAAGCGAUCUGCAGUAGAAAAGUCAAUGAAUAUAUUUUUGAUCAUUUAUCUAAUAAUCCUUAUUUCUGAAGCCAUCAUCAGCACUAUCUUGAAAUAUACAUGGCAAGCUGAAGAAAAAUGGGAUGAGCCUUGGUAUAACCAAAAAACAGAACAUCAGAGAAAUAGUAGUAAGAUUCUGAGAUUUAUUUCAGACUUUCUUGCUUUUCUGGUACUCUACAAUUUCAUCAUUCCAAUUUCAUUAUAUGUCACGGUUGAAAUGCAGAAAUUCCUUGGGUCAUUUUUUAUUGGUUGGGAUCUUGAUCUUUAUCAUGAAGAAUCAGAUCAGAAAGCUCAAGUCAAUACUUCUGAUCUCAAUGAAGAGCUUGGACAGGUGGAAUACGUGUUUACAGAUAAAACGGGUACACUGACAGAAAAUGAGAUGCAGUUUCGAGAAUGUUCAAUUAAUGGCACAAAAUAUCAAGAAAUCAACGGUAGACUUGUACCUGAAGGACCAACACCAGAUUCUCCAGAAGGAAAUUUAUCUUAUCUUAGCAGUUUAUCUCAUGUUAACAAUUUUUCCGAUCUUGGAACCAGUUCCUCUUUCCAAACCAGUCCUGAAAAUGAUGCUGAACUGAUUAAAGAACAUGAUCUCUUCUUUAAAGCAGUCAGUCUCUGUCACACGGUGCAGAUCAGCAGUGUUCAAACCGAUGGCAUUGGUGAUGGUCUCUGGCAGUCCAGCCUGGCCCCAUCCCAGGUGCAGUACCAUGCCUCUUCCCCAGAUGAAAAGGCACUAGUGGAAGCUGCUGCACAAAUUGGUGUUGUAUUUGUCGGCAAUUCUGAAGAAACUAUGGAAGUUAAUACCCUUGGAAAACUGGAAAGGUACAAACUGCUUCAUAUCCUGGAAUUUGAUUCAGAUCGUAGGAGAAUGAGUGUAAUUGUUCAGGCACCUUCAGGUGAAAGGCUUUUAUUUGCUAAGGGAGCUGAAUCAUCUAUUCUCCCCAAAUGUAUAGGAGGAGAAACAGAAAAAUGAGAAUUUAUGUAGAUGAAUUUGUUUUGAAAGGACGAAGAACUCUAUGUUUAGCCUAUAGAAAAUUUACACCAAAAGAAUAUGACAUAAUAGACAGAUGCCUGUUUGAAGCUAGGACUGCCCUGCAGCAGCGGGAAGAGAAGUUGGCAGAUGUCUUCCAGUUUAUAGAGAAAGACUUGGUAUUACUUGGAGCUACAGCAGUGGAAGACAGACUACAAGAUAAAGUUUGAGAAACUAUUGAAGCAUUGAGAAUGGCUGGCAUCAAAGUGUGGGUGCUCACUGGAGAUAAACAUGAAACAGCUGUUAGUGUGAGUUUAUCAUGUGGACAUUUUCAUAGAACCAUGAACAUCCUUGAGCUUACAAACCAGAAGUCAGACAGUGAAUGUGCUGAGCAGUUACGGCAGCUUGCCAGAAUUACAGAGGAUCAUGUAAUUCAGCACGGGCUAGUAGUGGAUGGAACCAGCCUGUCUCUUGCACACAGGGAGCAUGAAAAGCCAUUCAUGGAAGUUUGCAGAAAUUGUUCAGCUGUGUUAUGCUGUCGUAUGGCGCCAUUGCAGAAAGCAAAUGUAAUAAGACUAAUAAAAAUCUCCCCUGAGAAACCUAUUACCCUGGCUGUUGGGGAUGGUGCUAAUGAUGUCAGUAUGAUACAAGAGUCAAAUGUUGGAAUAGGAAUCAUGGAUAAAGAAGGACGACAGGCUGCAAGGAAUAGUGACUAUUCAAUAGCUAGAUUUAAAUUUCUCUCCAAAUUACUUUUUGUUCAUGGUCAUUUUUAUUAUAUUAGAAUAGCAACCCUUGUAUAGUAUUUUUUUAUAAGAAUGUGUGUUUUAUCACACCCCAGUUUUUAUAUCAAUUCUACUGUUUGUUUUUUCAACAAGCACUGUAUGACAGCGUGUAUUUAACUUUAUACAAUAUUUGUUUUACUUCCCUACCUAUUCUGAUAUAUAGUCUUUUGGAACAGCAUAUAGACCCUCAUAUAUUACAGAACAAACCUACCAUCUAUAGAGACGUUAGUAAAAAUCGUCUCUUAAGCAUUAAAACAUUUCUUUAUUGGACCAUCCUGGGUUUCAGUCAUGUCUUUAUUUUCUUUUUUUGGAUCCUAUUUUCUAAUGGGAGAAGACACAUCUCUGCUUGGAAAUGGCCAGAUGUUUGGAAACUGGACAUUUGGCACUUUGGUCUUCACAGUCAUGGUUAUUACAGUGACAGUAAAGAUGGCUUUGGAAACUCAUUUUUGGACAUGGAUCAAUCAUCUUGUUACCUGGGGAUCUAUUAUAUUUUAUUUUGUAUUUUCUUUGUUUUAUGGAGGGAUUCUCUGGCCAUAUUUGGGCUCCCAGAAUAUGUACUUUGUAUUUAUUCAGCUCCUGUCAAGUGGCUCUGCUUGGUUUGCCAUAAUUCUUAAGGUUGUCACAUGUCUCUUUCUUGAUAUCGUAAAGAAGGUAUUUGACUGACAGCUCCAUCCUACAAGUACUGAAAAGGCACAGCUUACUGAAACAAAUUCAAGUAUCAAGUGCGUGGACUCCCUGUGCUGUUUCCCAGAAGGAGAGGCAACGUGCACAUCUGUUAGAAGAAUGCUGGGAUGAGUUACAGGAAGAUGUAGUCCCGCCCCCCUCAGCAGAUCAUGGAGUGCCUUGGAUCCUUUCUAUACCAACGACAGGAGCAUCUUGACUCUCUCCACUAUGGACUCACCUACCUGUUAAAGGGUCAGUAGCACUCUGUGGGAGCCAUUUCACCUGCCAGGCUAAAAUUCAGUAUUGGCCAUCCUGUGAAUGGCCACACUUGCUCUGAAAUCUCUUGCUGAAACUUCAAGUAGUUCA